CCAAAAAACCAAAGCAGACCGAGAUAGGACUUUCUGUCUGCUGCUGCUGUUGCUGCCGCGGCGGCUUCGGAGGUACUGUGCCCCUCUCAGAGACAGCUGCGCUGCCCAGCUCUAGGGGGGGGGCACAAGGCAGAGCGGGACUGACAUUUCCCGGUCAGUGGGACAAGGAUGGCCAGGGUACGGAAGGGCACCCCAGCAGCUGCUCCCCUGCCUCGGUGGCUCCGGCGGCUUUUCUUUCUGCUGCUGUACCUGCUUUCUGAGGCCGCUGCUUCUCCUGAGCUGGAGACCGGCUUCAGCCUCCAUCCGCCCUAUUUCAACCUGGCCGAGGCGGCGAGGAUCUCGGCCACUGCCACCUGCGGGGAAGAGCCCGGGGGCGCGAGGCCGCGGUCCGAGCUCUACUGCAAGCUGGUGGGGGGCCCCAUAGCGUCCAGCACUGGCCACACUAUCCAGGGCCAGUUUUGUGACUACUGUAACUCUGGAGAUCCCAAUAAAGCUCAUCCAGUGACCAAUGCAAUUGAUGGGACUGAACGUUGGUGGCAAAGCCCUCCUCUGUCCUUGGGCUUACAGUACAACAAAGUCAAUGUUACUCUAGAUCUGGGACAGCUUUUCCAUGUUGCUUACGUGCUCAUCAAAUUCGCAAAUUCUCCUCGUCCUGAUCUCUGGGUCCUGGAAAGAUCAGUAGAUUCUGGAAGAACUUACUUGCCUUGGCAGUUUUUUGCCCACUCUAAAAUAGACUGUUGGGAACAUUUUGGGACGGAGGCCAACAUGCCUAUCAUUGAAGAUGAUGAUGUUAUCUGCACCACUGAAUAUUCCCGGAUUGUACCACUGGAAAAUGGAGAGGUUGUGGUUUCUUUGGUAAAUGGUCGUCCAGGAGCAAAAAACUUUACAUUUUCUCCUACACUACGAGAGUUUACGAAGGCAACUAACAUUCGCCUGCGUUUUCUCCGGACCAAUACCCUUCUUGGACACUUGAUCUCUAAAGCUCAGAGAGAUCCAACAGUAACUAGAAGGUAUUACUACAGUAUAAAAGACAUCAGCAUUGGUGGUCGAUGUGUCUGCAAUGGCCAUGCAGAAGUGUGUAGGGCCCAAGGCCCUGAAAACCUGUUUCAGUGUGAAUGCCAGCAUAAUACAUGUGGGGAGAGCUGUGGCCACUGUUGUGCUGGCUACAACCAGAAGCAGUGGCAGCCAGCAACAGCUGAGCAGACUAAUGAGUGUGAAGCUUGCAACUGCCACGGUCAUGCCACUGACUGUUACUAUGACCCUGACAUCGAGAGGCUAAAGGGAAGUUUGAAUAUCCAUGGCGUUUAUGAAGGUGGAGGGGUCUGCAUUAAUUGUCAGCAUAACACAGCUGGUGUAAACUGUGAAAGGUGUCUUCAGGGUUAUUAUCGUCCUUACAAUGUGCCAGUGGAAGCCCCCCAUGGCUGUAUGCCUUGCAGCUGUAACCCUGAGUACACAGAUGGCUGUGAACAGGGCACAGGUCGCUGCAUUUGUAAACCAAAUUUCCGUGGGGAAAACUGUGAACACUGUGCAAAAGGAUACUACAACUUCCCAUUUUGCCUGAGCAUUCCUAUUUAUCCUGUUUUUACUCCAAGACCAGAAGCUUCUACUACUCCUAGCGGUAUAACAGAUAGUUGUCCACCAGGAUUCUUUGGACCUCAGUGCCAAGCUUGUCAGUGCUAUGGCAUAGGAGCAGCACCUGGUGACUGUGAUAGGAAGACUGGGAGGUGCUUCUGUCAACCUGGAUUUCAUGGUUUCUCUUGUGAGGAGUGUGCGGUUGGAUAUUUCCACUAUCCCUUCUGUCAGAGAUGUGAAUGUAAUUCAGUUGGCGUUACCUCUGAAAUAUGUGAUUUCCAUGGGAAAUGUCUUUGCCGUUUUGGAGUUGGUGGCCCUAAGUGUGACAGCUGUAGUUCAGGUUUCUACUCUUUUCCAGCUUGUCAAGAGUGUAACUGUGACCCGCUUGGCUCCCAGGAUGGUGCUUGUGGACCCAGAGGCCAAUGUCGGUGCUACCCCAAUUAUGCUGGCUUGAGCUGCAACCAGUGUGCUCCAGAGUACUACAGCUACCCUAGUUGCUUUCCUUGUCAGUGUUCACCCCUUGGCUCCUACCAGACUACAUGUGAUCCAGGCACUGGGCAGUGUGAAUGCCGACCCGGGAUUACAGGACGCCUAUGCGAUCAGUGCCUUUCAGGAGCCUAUGAUUUCCCCCACUGCCAAGGUUCCAGUAGUGAAUGUAACCCUCUUGGUACUAUGGAUUCCAGUUCUGGAUUUUGCCAGUGCCAGCUUUAUGUCGAAGGUCCUACCUGCAGUAUCUGUAAGCCAUUAUACUGGAACCUGGCAGGCGAAAACCCGGAUGGGUGUUCAGAAUGCCAGUGUGAUGUGACGGGAACGUUAAGUGGAGUUGGAGAAUGUGAGCAGAGAGAAGGUGAAUGUUACUGUAAGCCUCAUGUCUGUGGUGAUUCCUGUAAUGCAUGUGAAGAUGGCUAUUAUGCUCUGGAAGACAGCAAUUACUUUGGGUGCCAAGGGUGCCACUGUGACGUUGGGGGAUCCAUCAGCUCUGUGUGCGAUGACCUUUCUGGAGCCUGCCAAUGCAGGGAACAUAUCAUGGGCAAGUCAUGCCAACAGCCAGAAAUCAAUUAUUAUUUCCCUGAUUUACAUCACAUGAAGUUUGAAAUUGAAGAUGGCACAACACCUAAUGGAAGAGGUGUUCGAUUUGGCUUUGAUCCUAUGGAAUUUCCAGAUUUCAGUUGGAGAGGCUAUGCACAGAUGACCUCAGUACAGAAUGAAGUGAGAGUAACAUUGAAUGUGGAGAAAACAAGGCAAUACUUAUUUCGUGCUAUUCUGAGAUAUAUUAACCCUGGAAUUGAAACAGUGUUUGGUCAUAUAACUAUUUAUCGUCCUCAGUCUAAGGCAGGUGCUGUUCAAAGUAAAGAGAUUGUCUUCCUGCCUAGCAAAGAGCCAUCUUUUGUCACUAUUCCAGGGAAUGGUUUUGCAGAUCCAUUUUCCCUCACUCCAGGAAUGUGGAUUGUUAAUAUAAAGGCUGAGGGCAUCCUUUUGGAUUACCUGGUACUGCUGCCCAGUGACUAUUAUGAAGCUUCAAUCUUGCAGUUACCAGUCACAGAGCCCUGUGCCUAUUGGGGACCUAUUGGAGAGAAUUGCUUGCUUUACCAGCAUUUGCCAGUGACCAGAUUUGCCUGUGUCUCAGCUUGCGAGGCAGAGCGCUUCCUGCUGAAUGGAAUGCCUCGAACCUUGGGAACUCGGAGACCGACGCCUGAGCAUCCUGUCAUGGCUGAGAUCAGCGGGAGAGAGAUUGAGUUGCAUCUGACCCUGAGCAUUCCUCAAGUUGACCACUACGUGAUAGUUAUUGAAUAUGCCAAUGAAGAUAGUCAGCUCUAUGUUGCCGACAUACUCAUCAACAGUCCAAGUUCUUCAUCAGCAGGUCGAAUGAACAUAUAUAGCUGUAAAUACAGCUUCCUCUGCCGGAGUUUUGUGGUUGAUGACCUAAACCGUGUUGCUGUGUAUGAACUCUUAGCAGAUGCAAGGAUCCAGUUGAAGGCACACUUGGCCCAUUUCCUUCUGCACCAAAUCUGUAUUAUACCAGUGGGAGAAUUCUCUACAGAAUAUGUGAAACCCAGUGUGCACUGCAUUGCUAGUUAUGGGCAAUUUGUUAAUCAAAGUUCCUCCUGUAUCCUUUUAGCACAUGAAACUCCUCCAACAGCUUUAGUUUUGGAUGCCUUAAAUGGCGGAAUGCUUCCCUUCGUGCCCCAGGAUCCCUUACCUUCUGCAUCUGGGUUCCGUGGAGUCAUCCUGAAGUCACCACAGAAUCAAGUUACCUUGAGAGGAAGAGUGCCACACCCGGGCCAGUAUGUCUUCAUUGUCCAUUUUUGUCAGCCAGAUUAUCCAACAUUUCCUGCUCAGGUGGUUGUGGAGGGAGGGCAGCAGUGGUCAGGUUCUUUCAGUGCCUCUUUCUGCCCACAAGUGUUUGGCUGCCGGAACUUAGUGAUUGCAGAGAGUCAGACUAACUUGGACAUGCGAGAACCAGAAUUCUCAGUUACUGUGAAGGUUCCGGAUGGAAAGUCGUUGAUGCUGGUCCAAGUCCUAGUUGUUCCAGCAGAGAGCUACGGCUAUCACAUGCUUCAGAAGAAGUCAGUGGACAAGUCAUUUGAUUUCAUCAAUAAUUGUGGAGGAAACAGCUUUUAUAUUGACCCUCUGACGUCAUCUGGAUUCUGUAAGGACUCAGCCCACUCCCUGGUUGCUUUCUAUAACAAUGGAGCUCUGCCUUGUGAUUGUCACGUGAUGGGGGCUAUCAAUCCUACAUGUCACCCAGAAGGGGGACAGUGCCAGUGCAGAACCAACGUCAUUGGUCGUCAGUGUACCCGCUGUCAAACUGGCUACUAUGGCUUUCCAUUCUGUAAAUUGUGCCACUGUGGCCGGCGCCUUUGUGAUGAAAUGACUGGAAAGUGCAUCUGUCCCCCUCGCACAGUCAAACCUCAGUGUGAAGUAUGUGAGAAGCAGUCCUUCAGUUACCACCCAUUGGUUGGGUGCAAAGUUUGCAACUGUUCCAGAAUAGGGGCUAUAAAUGCCACUGCCCCAGAGUGUGACAAAAACAAUGGACAGUGCAGAUGUAAACCUAGAAUAACAGGACGCCAAUGUGAUCGCUGUACUUCUGGAUUUUACCGUUUCCCUGAAUGUAUUCCCUGCAAUUGCAACCGAGAUGGGACUGAGCCAGGAGUUUGUGAUCCUUGGACAGGUACAUGCCUUUGUAAGGAAAAUGUAGAAGGUGCAGAAUGUAACAUUUGCCAGAAGGGAUCAUUUUACUUGGACCCCAGCAAUCCAAAGGGAUGUACCAGCUGCUUCUGUUUUGGUAUAAGUGACCUCUGUCAUAGUACAAAUAAACGGAGGGCUAAGUUUGUUGACAUGAUAGGUUGGCAUCUGGAGACGGCAGAUCAAAUGGUCAUCCCUGUCACGUUCAAUCCAGGCAGUAACAGCGUGGUAGCUGAUAUUCAGGAACUGCCUUCUUCAGUCCACAGUGUGUACUGGAUUGCACCAUCAUCUUAUUUGGGGGAUAAGGUUUCUUCGUAUGGCGGCUUCCUGACUUACCAAGUGAAAUCCUUCGGCCUGCCCAGUGAAGGCAUGAUGCUACUGGAGAAAAGACCCGAUGUGCAGCUUUCGGGUCAGCAAAUGACUAUUGUCUACAUGGACCCAAAUAACCCUCUGCCAGACCGACGGUAUUAUGGACGGGUCCAGCUGGUUGAGGGAAACUUCAGGCAUGUCAGCAGCAAUAACCAGGUAUCUAGAGAAGAACUGAUGAUGGUCCUGUCUAGACUGGAUGGCUUACACAUCAGAGGCCUUUAUUUUACCGAGACACAGCGGUUAACCCUAGGUGAGGUGGGGCUGGAAGAAGUCACCAAUACAGGAAGUGGAAGCAUCGCUUACAAUGUAGAGAUAUGUUCCUGCCCCCCUGACUAUGCUGGUGACUCAUGCCAGGGGUGCAGCCCUGGAUAUUAUCGGGACAACAAGGGUUUCUACACAGGACGAUGUGUUCCCUGCAAUUGUAAUGGACAUUCAAAUCGGUGCCAGGAUGGCUCAGGAACCUGUAUUAAUUGUCAACAUAACACUGCUGGUACAAACUGUGAACGAUGUAAGGAAGGUUACUAUGGAGAUGCCCUCCAUGGUUCCUGUCGGGUCUGCCCAUGCCCUCAUACCAACAGUUUUGCUACUGGCUGCGUUGUGAAUGGGGUAAAUGUGAAAUGUUCCUGCAAACCUGGCUACGUGGGAGCUCAGUGUGAAAGAUGUGCACCGGGAUAUUUUGGGAAUCCCCAGAAAUUUGGAGGUAGUUGCCAACCAUGCAAUUGCAAUAAUAAUGGCCAGUUAACAAGCUGUGAUCCACUGACUGGAGAUUGUAUAAUUCAGGAACCCAAAGAUGGAGGCCCUGAAGAAUGUGAUGACUGUGAUAGCUGUGUGACUACUCUUCUGAAGGACCUGGGAGCAAUGAAUGAUGAGCUUCGACUAAUCAAAUCCCAGCUUCAAAGUACCAGUGCAAAUGCUGCCACUCUGGAGCAAAUGAAGCACUUGGAGACCCAGACCAAAGACCUGAGGAAUCAUUUGCUCAGCUACCAGUCUGCCAUUUCAAGUCGCGUAUCCAAAAUAGAUGCCCUGGAGAAAGACCUGAACAGUCUGAAUCAGGACUUUGAGACUCUGCAAGAAAAGGUUCAAAUAAAUUCAAGAAAGGCACAGACAUUAUAUAACAGUGUUAGUCAGACAAGCCAAAGUGCAAAACAGCUGGACACCAGGAUACAGAGCGUCAUCAGGGAUGUUCAUGUUCUCCUGAAACAGAUUUCUGGGACAGAUGGAGAAGGACACACCUUGCCCUCUGGUGACUUAUCCAGGAAAUUGGCUGAAGCUGAACGAAUGAUGAAGGAGAUGAGAAGUAGAGACUUCAGAGAACAACUGAGAAAGGCAGAAGCUGAAAAAAGAGAGGCACAGCUCCUGCUGAAUCGUAUUCAGAGUAGCCUGAAAAACCACCAAGCAGAGAACCAUGAGCUUGUGAAAACCAUACGAGAUUCUUUAAAUGAAUAUGAAGUCAAAAUCAGUGACCUCCGUAAAGCUCUGCAAGAAGCAACUCUCCAGACAAAGCUGGCCAAUGGACUCAACCAAGCUAAUGAUCGAGCCCUAGAAGACAUUAAGAGACGGAUUAAUGAAAUGAGCUCCCUACAGAGUGAAUUCACUAAACAUCUCACCACUGCUGAAUCAUCUUUGCGACAGACUAACAGUGUUCUCCAACUGAUGAAGAAAAGCCAAGAGGAAUAUGAGACAUUAGCAUCCAGUUUAAAUGAAGUAAGGCAAGAACUAAGUGACAAAGUGAAGGAUCUUUCCCGGUCAUCCAGCAAAGAGUCUCUAGUAGUGGAGGCAGAGAAACAUGCCCAGUCUCUACAAAACUUAGCAAAGCAAUUGGAAGAAAUCAAGAGGAACACCAGUGGUGAUGAGUUGGUGCGCUGCGCCGUGGAUGCUGCCAUGGCCUAUGAAAAUAUCAUCAAUGCGGUAAAAGCAGCCGAGGAUGCCGCCAACAAGGCAGUGGGCGCGUCAGACUCUGCCCUACAGACUGUGGUGAAAGGAGACCUGCCCAGAAAAGCCAAGACAUUGAGCUCCAACAGCGAUAAGCUACUGAGGGAAGCAAAGACCACGCAAACGAGGUUACAGCAAGACAUCAACCCAGCUCUGGACAGCCUGCGGGACACCUUAGAUGUUGUCACAGCUAAGAAAGGUCUGAUACAGACUGACCUCGCCACUCUCCAAGAUGAUCUCCGUGGAAUAAACCGAGAUGACAUCGAUAGAAUGACCAACAAUGCAAAGAGUUUGAUCCGAAAUGCAAAUGAUGUUACAAGCAGUGUGCUAGAUGGUCUGACCCCAAUUCAGACACAUGUGGAGAGACUUCAGGAAACCUAUGGAAGUGCACGGAGCGAAGACUUUAAUGAAGCUUUGAGUGAUGCCAACAAUUCAGUGAAGAAAUUAACCAGCAAGAUACCAGAUCUCUUAAGCAAGAUUGAGAGUAUCAACCAACAACUCUUGCCUCUGGGCAACAUCUCUGACAAUGUGGACCGGAUAAGGGAACUCAUUCAGCAGGCCAGAGAUGCUGCUAAUAAGGUUGCUGUUCCAAUGAGGUUCAAUGGCAAAUCUGGUGUUGAGGUUCGAUUGCCAAAUGACCUGGAAGAUUUGAAAGGAUACACAUCGCUCUCUCUGUUUCUUCAAAGACCUGAAUCGAGAGAAGAUGGUGGUGAGGAUGAAGACAUGUUUGUAAUGUACUUGGGCAAUAAAGAUACUUCAAAGGACUAUAUAGGGAUGGCAGUAAGAGAUGGAAAACUUGUUUGUGUCUAUAACUUGGGAGAUCGGGAAGCUGAAACCCAGAUGGACCCAAUCUUGACAAAAAGUCUAACUCAAGAGGCAAUAAUGGAUCGAGUGAAAUUUCAAAGGAUCUUUCAGUUUGCAAAGCUCAGCUUCUUUAAGGAAGCCACAUCCAAUAAACCAAAACCUCCUGAUUUCUAUGAUAUGGACAGUGGGAGCGGUGAUGUUCUUCUCAAUUUGGACCCUGAAAAUGUUGUCUUUUAUGUUGGAGGCUACCCACCCAAUUUCAAGCUUCCUCGUGUACUAAAAUACCCUCCCUACAAGGGCUGCAUUGAAUUAGAUGACCUCAAUGAAAAUGUUCUAAGCCUGUACAACUUCAAAAAGACUUUCAAUCUCAAUACAACAGAAGUGGAGCCUUGUAGAAGGAAUAAGGAGGAAUCUGACAAAAAUUAUUUUGAAGGCACAGGCUACGCACGGGUUCCAACCCAACCCAGUACUCCAUUUCCAAACUUUCAACAGACAAUUCAGACCACUGUAGAUGAAGGCUUGUUGUUCUUUGCAGAACAUGAGGAUUUCUUUAUUUCCUUAAUUAUGGAAAAGGGGUAUCCCGUGUUGCGAUAUAAACUAAAUUCAGAGCCUCCACAGGAAAAAAGAAAUCGAGUGCCUAUGAAUGAUGGAACAGAUCAGAUGAUUACAAUAAGGAUGGGGAAAGUUCAAAAGGUUCUACGAAUAACUGUGAAUCAAUCAGUCAUUGAAGUUCAGGGUGCUCAAAUAUUCAAUUUCAACACCUAUUAUCUUGGAGGAAUUCCAAUCUCACUCCGAGAAAAGUUUAAUAUAACUACUCCUGCUUUCCGAGGCUGCAUGAAAAAUCUGAAGAAAACCAUUGGGGUUAUUAGGUUGAAUGAUACUGUUGGAGUCACCAAAAAGUGUUCAGAAGACUGGAAGCUUGUACGAACAGCGUCACUCUCCAGAGAUGGACAGCUAAGUUUCAUUGAUGUGGGGCUGCCAGACCCCAACUACUUUCAGUCUUCAUUUGGGUUUCAGACCUUUCAACCCAAUGGAUUGUUAUUAAGACACCAAAUAGGGACAAAUAACCUACAAAUCGCCCUGGAAGAUGGUCACAUUGAAUUAAGCUCUAGAGAACAGGGCACUAUCCUGAAAUCUCCCCAGACAUAUAUGGAUGGUUUACUCCAUUAUGUGUCCAUAAUAAAGGAUGAUGCCGGACUGAGGCUUUUAAUCGAUGAUAAAUCUCUAAAAGACAACCAAAGGCUACGAAUAUUCCCAGACUCACAGCAAUCCCUACGCUUUGGUGGGAGUGAUUUUGAAGGAUGUAUCACCAAUGUAUUUUUCCAAAGGUUAACACAGAAUCCUGAGGUUCUCAAUUUGGUCACUCAUACUCGAAGGGAAAAGGAGAAGGUGUCCCUAGGAGUCUGCAACUUAAAUAAGCCACCUUUUCUAAUGCUUCUGAAAAGCUCAGCAAAGCUCAGCACAUCCAGGACAUUCAACAUUGAUAGGCUACAGCAGGAUAUGCGUCCUGCCUCCCUGAUGAAGAAAAAGGUUCAGACAGUUGCCCAGCACUGCCUUGAGUGGUCUCAGUCCCAGGCUUCUAAAGGGGCUUAUCAAUUUGGGGACAGUCCCACCAGCCACUUGUCGUACACAUUGCCUGAGGAGAUACUGAAAGACAGGUCAGACUUUGCUGUGGAUAUACAGACAACUUCCACUGCCCCAGGACUGGUGUUUUUUGUAGGAAGUAAGAGCUCCUUCAUGGUGCUUUACUUUUCAAAGGGACGCAUUAUCUUUUUGCUGAAGGCAGAAGGAAAGAAAUUAAGAAUGAAGACCAAAGAGAAACUCAAUGAUGGGAAAUGGCACACGGUCAUGUUUGGGCAUAAGGGAAGCAAAGUUCAUUUCAUCAUAGAUGGUCUAAAGAUCCAGGAAGGAAGCCUGGCUGGAAAUUCUUUCUUUACUGUCACACCCCCCAUCUACCUUGGGGCCUCUCCUCAGGUGAAACUGAAGAGUCUCCCCAAAAGCAGCUUUAUAGGAUGCCUGAGGAACUUUCAGUUGGAUGGAAAGGCCUUGGACACUCCCUCUCAGAACUUUGGGGUAACCCCCUGUUUGGGUGGCCCUCUCGAGAAAGGGAUGUAUUUCUCCCAAGAUGGCGGGCACAUCAGCUUUGAUAACUCCUGGAUGGUAGGAAAAGAAUUCAAGAUCAUUUUCAGUAUUCGCCCAAGAAGUCUCACUGGACUCUUAAUGCAUACUGGAAGUCAACCUGGAAAGCAUUUAAGUGUUUAUAUGGAGGAAGGAAAGGUCACCGCUUCUGUUGGCAGUGGGGCUGGUGAGAUGCUGACAUCAGUCACACCCCAGCAAUCUCUGUGUGAUGGACAGUGGCACUCUGUGGCAGUCACUCUAAAGCAGAAUCUGCUGCAGCUGGACCUGGACACAGAUAGCAGCUCCGAGACUGGACAGCUCCCUUCCUUGCCUGGCAGCAACCAACAGCCUCUGUAUUUGGGAGGCAUCCCAGCCAACUUGACAACACUGAGACUGCCUGUACAAAACCCAUUCUUUGGCUGCCUGAAGAAGGUCACGAUCAACAACAUAGCUGUCCCUGUCACAAAGGCCUCAGGAGUCCAGGGAGCUGUCAGUCCGAACGGCUGUCCUGUCCACUAACUGAGACCAGUGAUGUGUAUGAAGAGAAGGUCCUUGGAAUCCAGUGUGGAUAGAGCCAUCCAAGGUCUUGAAUAGGGUAGAAUUCACCUUCUUCAACACAGACUCCCAGAUAUACACAUUCUCCAUUUGUUUCCAAAUAGUUCCUGAAUCAAAAUGUUGUCCAAAGUGGCUUAGCAGCCAAUCUCAACUUAUUGAUGGCCCCAAAUCCUCUUCUCUUAUUGGCAUUGUACAAAUCUUUGACAUUCAUAUACACUUCAUGUUAAAAUGUCUUUAUUUGGAAAGGUGAGCAAAAUAUUGGAUAAUGUUUAUAAUGCAGAAUAGAAUUUCGUAUUUGUUAAAAAUAACAAAUGGAAAUCAGAGCACUUUCAAGUGAAAUUUUGGCAUGCAUUACACGGGCACAGGAUUAUAAUUGAUGGAACCAAAUAAAUGCAAUGUACCCUUCUAA